AUGCUAUCUCAACGGAUUCUAGCCCGGCGCCUGCCUCAGGUUGCCGCCCGCCAGACUAUUGCCCCCCGCGCAUUCUUCUCGCAAGUCCCUGCUCUCCGUGCAGCUGAGGUUGAGGAUCAGGAUCCUCUGCAGAAUGGUGGCUAUCAAAACCCCGUCCGCGCCAAACGGCAAUUCAGAGACCCCCAUGGUGGCUGGUGGGACGCGCAAGAGAAGCGAAACUUCGGCGAGCCCGUUCACGAGGAGAACGAGAUUCUCGGCGUCUUCAGUCCCGAGCAAUACACCCACGUCACUCCCGGCAAGGGCUUUUUCCACCUCGGCGUCUUCGUUGCGGCCUUCUUAGGUCUCUGUGGUAUUGUCAGCCUCAACUACCCUGAUAAGCCUAGUGUUCCCAAGACCUACGGAGAUGGCUUAGAGAAGGAGCUGGGUGGUCCUAACGCUACGCUCGCUCGCAAGUCUGGCGAGGACAAGUGGUGA